AUUUUUCACAAAUAUCUGUGAAUAAGACUUUGAAGUAUGGUGAAAUGUUAGUUCGUGUCAGCUGACCCAUCAUUUAUAACUAGCUAACUUGAGAUCUUGUGAUACCCAAUUUUGUGCGCUUGAGAUACACUCCAUUUCAGUUUGUUGCAAUUUAAAGUUCACAAAACAUUGUGUGAAGAUUGACGAAAAAGAAAUCCCAAAAUGUCGACAUUAAAAAAAAUCCAAGAUGAACAUCGUGAAUCGAAGUUCGGUUACGUUUAUGCCGUGUCCGGUCCAGUCGUUACUGCUGAACGGAUGUCUGGAUCGGCUAUGUACGAGCUGGUGCGUGUCGGUUACUAUGAGUUAGUGGGAGAAAUUAUCCGUUUGGAAGGUGAUAUGGCCACCAUUCAAGUGUACGAAGAAACAUCUGGUGUAACAGUCGGAGAUCCAGUUUUGCGAACUGGAAAACCAUUGUCAGUUGAAUUGGGACCCGGUAUUAUGGGCAGCAUUUUCGAUGGUAUCCAACGUCCGUUGAAAGACAUCAACGAGAUGACUGCUUCCAUCUACAUCCCAAAAGGAGUUAACACGCCAUCUCUCUCACGUACUAUUGCUUGGGACUUUAAUCCAUUGGGUGUUAAGGUUGGAUCACACAUCACUGGAGGCGAUUUAUAUGGUGUUGUUCAUGAAAACACUUUGGUCAAGCAUAAGAUGAUGGUGCCACCCAAAGCGAAAGGUACCGUUCGGUACAUUGCACCAGCCGGCAACUAUACUGUUGAUGAUGUAGUGCUUGAAACCGAAUUUGAUGGUGAAAUUACAAAGCAUACCAUGUUGUCUGUAUGGCCUGUACGUCAACCACGUCCAGUUACAGAAAAAUUACCAGCCAAUCAUCCGUUGUUGACUGGCCAACGUGUAUUGGAUUCACUCUUUCCAUGUGUCCAAGGUGGUACGACAGCCAUUCCUGGUGCGUUUGGUUGCGGUAAAACUGUCAUUUCACAAUCGUUGUCAAAGUAUUCCAACUCUGAUGUUAUCGUCUAUGUUGGAUGUGGCGAACGUGGUAAUGAAAUGUCUGAAGUAUUGCGAGAUUUCCCUGAAUUAUCUGUCGAAAUCGAUGGCGUUACUGAGUCAAUCAUGAAACGUACAGCAUUAGUUGCAAAUACAUCGAACAUGCCUGUUGCUGCCCGUGAAGCUUCUAUUUACACUGGUAUCACUUUAUCGGAGUACUUCCGAGACAUGGGCUAUCACGUUUCUAUGAUGGCUGACUCAACAUCACGUUGGGCUGAAGCUCUUCGAGAAAUUUCUGGUCGUUUGGCUGAAAUGCCUGCUGAUUCAGGCUAUCCAGCCUAUUUGGGAGCUCGUUUGGCCUCAUUCUACGAACGUGCUGGCCGCGUCAAAUGCUUAGGAAACCCAGAACGUGAAGGUUCAGUGUCUAUUGUUGGUGCCGUAUCACCACCAGGAGGUGACUUUUCUGACCCUGUCACUUCUGCUACUUUGGGUAUCGUACAAGUCUUCUGGGGUUUGGAUAAAAAACUUGCACAACGUAAACAUUUCCCCUCAAUCAACUGGCUUAUAUCGUACAGUAAAUACAUGCGCGCUCUAGAUGAUUUCUAUGACAAAAACUUCCCCGAAUUCGUGGCAUUGCGUACAAAAGUCAAGGAAAUUCUCCAAGAAGAAGAGGAUCUGUCCGAAAUCGUGCAGCUAGUUGGAAAGGCUUCAUUGGCUGAAACUGAUAAAAUUACUCUGGAAGUCGCUAAAUUGUUGAAAGAUGAUUUCUUGCAACAAAAUUCAUAUUCAUCAUACGAUCGUUUCUGUCCAUUCUACAAAACUGUCGGCAUGUUGAAGAAUAUCAUCGCCUUCUACGACAUGGCUCGCCAUGCUGUGGAAUCAACUGCACAAUCGGAGAACAAAAUCACAUGGAAUGUUAUCCGAGAUGCCAUGGGUAACAAUAUGUAUCAGUUGUCUUCAAUGAAAUUCAAGGAUCCAGUUAAAGAUGGAGAAGCCAAGAUUAAGGCCGAUUUCGACCAACUGCAUGAGGAUUUGCAAUCGGCAUUCCGCAAUCUUGAAGAUUAAAUUUCUCUCGAGUUUCAUUGAAUCGAAUUGAAAUCGUAAACCAGUUUGAAUUUCUAAUUUUAAAGAGAAAAAAAUUGCAGAAAAAUCAGCAAAAUAAUAUUUACUUAUAAUGUUAUAGUCUAGUGUCCAUUUUAUGGCUUAAUGCAUGAAACGAUAAAAUCAUUUCACAAGGGAAGUUUUAUUGGAAAGAGAAUUAAUUCAAAUAUUCUUGAAACUUUACAGAACAAAAAAAUACAUAACCGAAAGCGUAGAAGUCAAAUCUUGACGUACAAUAAUUGAUAUAAGAGUUUUCGAUGUUUGAAUAUAGGCAAAAACUAAAGUUGGAGGGUAGGCAGUAUAUCAACCGAUUCACUGUCAUUCUCAAUCAAUUUUCACAAUUGAAAUUGAUUACCAUUAUUCCAACUACAAAAACGAAUCAGCCAUCCAACGAUUUUGUGUUUUCGUUUGCCAUUUUACCGGAAUUUUUUCUUGCACAUGUGAAAUGUAAUAUAAUAUAUUAGUUUGUUUAACACUUACAAAUUCACAAUCACCUACUUCGGGUUUUAUUAACAUUAUCUCCUUCGUACGAGUCUUAGGGAAGAAGAAAUAGUUCUAAUUUCUGAUUUCUGGCACAAAUUAGAUCCAAAAUCACAGAUUUUCUGAACAAACUUGAAAUAGCCGAAAAAUUGUUAUUAUUACGUCAGAGAGUGUUUUUUUUUUCAUAUUGUCACAUUUUGUGCAUUCCAGUAAUUGAACGAAGUUAAUUCUCUGUAUCUUUCUCUCACUGUAAAACAAAUUGCACCAUUAUAACCAUUAUUAGCGUGUAAACUCCUUCAGAUGUUGCGCAUUUCCUCUUUUUUUGGUUUUCAAUGUUACAUUAAAAUCACCUGGAUUGAGGAAAUUUGCCUCCUGCAUAUAAUAUUAAUAUAAUAUAAUGUUGACAGAUGCCGCAUCUCUGAAGCGAGAAACUAUUGUAAAUAUUAGAGGGAAAACUCCGCAGAUUUUUUUGUUCAAACACAAUGAAACGCAUAAUCAAGAUCGAGUAGUUAAAUGAAUCAAAUUCAAUAUGAUUUUUUAUUUUCAUUUUAUUGUUCAACCUAUUAAAUAUAAAAAUAUUAGAGAAGAAAAAAUAAAAAUUCAGUAUUAUUUGUUGAAAA